CAGAGAGCAGGCGGGGCUGGAUUUGAACGCGGCGGCCGAGACGGCUGUGGGCCGGUGGCGUUCUGCUCCGUCUCGUCUCCUGCCUGCAAAUAAGGUUGAUGAAGAACAGGAACAAGAUGGCAUCUAUGCUUCAAAAUGUCAGGGCAACAAUGGACUGGCAGAGACACCAGCUUUUAGCUGACCUUGAGAAUGAGAGCCCUGUACCAGACAAAUUCAAGAGGAAAACUUCUUUCAGUUCUCUUAAUACUAUCUGCAUGUCUCUAAGAAAGCGAAUACCGUUAAAGCAAGUAGAGCUGAAUUUCCGUGAGACACCACUUUGGGAAAACAUGGAAGCAAGAAAGAAGAGCCAAGUGCUCCAAAGUAUUACAAAAACAGCAAGAAAUGCUUUUGGAACAGUGUCACAGAAAAUACAGAAGACUUGCCAAAGCCCGGUACGUUUGACUGUGACCUUUCCAGCUGAAGACAUUGGCAGCAGCUCUGCAACCAGUUUUUCCAAGAAAAGAACAGUACAAACACCUACCCUCAGUAUGGAUAGUGUUACUCCAGCAGCUAGUUCCAAAUGCACUCCAAGGUCCAGCAGAAGAUGCCUGCUUUGGCCAACAAGCUUGUCAGAACAUACAAAAUUGAAGGGUUUGCCAUCUUGGUGUGGUGAAGAUGCUGUCCCACUCUUGAGAUCAAGGAGAGCAUCAGCAGCACUUAAGAGCCUCUAUUCAUCACCUACUCCUGCCAGCAGAAGAAUAGGGGAAUUUGACUGUGAGUUGGAACUGGUCUCUUCAGGGAUUCACCAACUGAAGCACCUCUUCCGGGCAUCUGAUGAUGAUAUUGUACAAGGGGAGAGGCAUCAUGCAAUAUCAAACUACUGCUAUUCUAAUGGCACAAAGUUUGCAGCCUGUGCAUCAAUCUUGGGAAGUUCUUCAGGCUGUCAGAAGGCAAAGAAAGAAACUCCAUUCAGCAGCUGGUGCCUGGACAGAGAUGGCUAUAAAUACCAUUAGUCUAUGAAUGUAUAUAACGGAAAACUUCAUUUGAGAUAUGAGACUAUACCUUAUACUCUGCAUAGAACUGUGUGCUUUAAAAAACAAUUACAUUUUAUUAUAUUUUUUGGCAGAGCAGCCUAAAACUACUCUUCCCUUGCUUUUGCUGUUCAAAUCAAUUAGAAAAAUAAAUUUGAACCACAGUGUUCUAUUUAUCUUCUGCUGUGACAAUGGACUAUCUUCAAUGGGGCUUUCAUAACUUUCAUAAAGCACUAAGUAGGAAUGGUCAAAGCAAGGGCAGAGACCUACGAAUGACGAUCAUAGGCAAGAGUAGUAUUCAGGUCCUCUUAGAUAUUAUGAAAGCACUGAUCUGUUAUUUUCAAAGCUUAACAAUUUAUCUUAUUUUUUUUUAAUACUAACAAAUCAAAAGCUAACUUACAUGUUAAAAACAUUUAAAAGUUUAAAAUGUUAAAAUGUUUAUAUGUUAAAUGUAAUGCUUAAAGAAACAAUAAUUGCUAUUUGAGUUCUGACCAAAACUGCCAUUCCAAGUCAGCAGGUUUCUGUAGCCAUGUCAAAGUCACAACAGUGGAGCCACAUUAGGACUCUAACUCACAGUCCAAGGAUUGCUGUUAAGUAAGUUAGCCCAAGUAGUUCUACCUUAAAUUGUUGGGUUCCAGACCAAUCAUAGCAACUUAAUUUUUUGCUCCUAUUUUAAAUACCAUCAUGGCAGCAGAGUUAAACACUGCUGUUGUACAACACCAUUUGUCAUUUAGUUAUAUGCAGAAAUUGCUUAUCAGUUAAUAUAUAUAAGUUGCUUUGAAAGUAAUGCCUUCUAUUUAUUUCCAUAAAUAUUCAGCAAGUGUUGAUGAAUGUCAGUGGGUGCCAU